AUGUCUAUAACUUCAUUUGACAACAAACCCGGCACAGGCGGUUUCCUGAAAUUCAACUCUGGACCAUCGCGCAUAUACCUAACAUGCGCAUUGCCAGCACCAGAAAAAGCGCUUUUAUCUUGGCGUGAAGAAGGCUACGACGCGCAAUACCUUCCCUACGAUCCUAAUACACAACCUCAAGCGGCUUAUAUACGAACCCUUAAACAACUAUCCGAAACCCUGAAUUUAGGCGAACACUAUGCGAUAAUAGCCUACGGCGACGCAGCCAGUGUCGUCUUGAAAACAGCCCAGAAACCAUUGGCGAAAUGCUGUGCGAUCAUAGCGUUUUAUCCGAGCUUGUUGCCCAGCCCGAAGACCAUGUAUCCAAACUCGCAUCAAUUACAAGUCCAUGUCGCAGGCUUAAGCCAGGCUAGUCCGAGACCUGAUAUGUGCGAAUGGAAAUUGUAUCGGUACGAGAAGAGUGCCAUAGGUUUCGCAGACCCAUCGUCAAGAGCGUAUUCAGAGGUAGAAGCCAACCUGGCGUGGACAAGAGCGCUAGCGUGCGUGCGAAAAGGGUUUGGCAAGAAUGUGGACCUUGAACCGAUUGCGCUGAGUCAUUGGAAUGCGAGAUUUGAGGACGAUGAUCCGGACCGCGCGAGCAUGAGUGUCGUAAAGAAUACGACGCAAGACAGCCCACACGUGACAAUAUUGCCGACAAUGCAGGGAGGUGUGGGACGGAAGAAGCUCGCGGAAUUCUAUGGAGAAUUCUUUGUGCCUAGCCUAGUAGAAGACUUUUCCAUACGAUUGGUCUCCAGGACCAUGGGUGUUAAUCGUAUAGUAGACGAGAUGGUUGUGUCGUUUACACAUUCGGACGAGAUUGACUGGGUAUUGCCAGGUGUACCACCAACGAACAAGCGAGUGGAAAUACCCAUGGUCAGUAUCGUGGCGGUAAGAGGAGACAAGUUGGUCUCGGAGCACAUGUACUGGGAUCAAGCUUCUGUUCUUGUGCAGGUUGGCUUACUAGAUCCUAAGAUGGUGCCGAGGAAGUUGAAAAACGACGGAUUGAAAGCGCUGCCUGUUAUAGGAGCAGAAGCAGCAAAGCAACUUGUUGAACCGCAGCAGAGUCGAUAUAACAAGCUGUUGCAGAUGCAUGGUCUGAUGGACGGUUUGAAUGGCAACUAG